AUGGGUGAAGAUGUUGUCCUUAGGAGACAUGGCUACAUUAUGGGAAUAAGUUUGGGAGAAGGCUCAUAUGCCAAAGUCAAAUCUGCUUACUCUGAGCACCUAAAGAUCAAUGUGGCUAUCAAGAUCAUUGACCACAAGAAGGCACCCAUUGACUUUCUAGAGAAAUUCCUUCCCCGGGAACUUAGGAUUCUAACUAUUCUAAACCAUGGCUCCAUCAUCAAGACCUAUGAAAUCUUUGAGAGAAUCCAGGGCAAGAUCUACAUCGUCAUGGAAUUUGGGGCCCAGGGCCAUCUUCUGGAAUUCAUCAAAACCCAGGGAGCCCUGCAAGAGGAUGAUGCUCGAAAGAAGUUCCACCAACUCUCUUCAGCCAUCAAAUACUGCCACGACCUGGACAUUGUCCACAGAGACCUCAAGUGUGAGAACCUCCUCCUUGACAAGGACUUUAACAUCAAGCUGUCAGAUAUUGGCUUCUCCAAGUGCUGCUCACAGGACCACAGCAGUCAACUCAUUAAGACCUUCUGUGGGUCAGCUUCAUAUGCAGCCCCUGAAGUGCUACAAGGCAUCCCCUACCAACCCAAGGUGUAUGACAUCUGGAGUCUGGGUGUGAUCCUCUACAUCAUGGUCUGUGGUUCCAUGCCCUAUGAUGAUUCUAAUAUCAAGAGAAUGUUGAGUCUCCAGAAGGAGCAUCGUGUCAACUUUCCAUGCUAUAAGCACCUGACCAGGGAGUGCAAGGACCUCAUCUACCGCAUGCUACAGCCAGAUGUCAACCAGUGGUUGCAUAUUGACCAGAUUCUUAGCCACUGCUGGCUGCACCUCAAGACGCAGGAUCUGUCCUCUGUAGCCACCAAUGAGGGGGAAUGCUCCCAGAGACCUGAGCCCUCCUGGAUGCCUAAACCUGGUUCUGACAAGAAAUCCACUACCAAGCUGGAGCCUCAGAAAGAGACACGGCUCAAGGAACAGCCUGAGACAAAUUUGGAGGAGCAUACUGUGCAAGUGGCCAUGCAGUUGGAGGCCCUGAGCAUCAGCAGCCAAUAG